CUCGUCCUCUCCCUCCUCUGUAUGCAAUCGCGCAAGUUGUAGUGGUGGCUGUGGCUGACACCUAGGUAGGCUGUGGUACAUUUUGAGAACCAUGAGUCACAUCAGAUAGAAGGAAUUCCAUGCUGCAGGAUUACAAACCUAAAUUGUGAGCAUACAUAAACUGGUGAAACAGCCUGUAGGAGAAAAAUUUCAAGCGAAUUGAGAAUCUUCAAAGCAUCCGGACCAGAUCAGAUGGAUGAGAACGCGCAAACACGUGCCCACGUGGCGGACCCUGCGUCGAUCGCCAACCGCGAUUUUGCCGAUCAGGAAAUUCUACUUGCAAAUUGCCCUCCUCUUUCACACUUUCGGGAAGAUCAACAAAUCGUCGUAACAGACCGAUCUUUGAAAUCUAAGAAGCACGGCAGCAUAAAUCAUCGAACUGGCUCCAGCGGCUUGAAUGAAAGCUGUACAUUUCAUCGGAGCGAACUAGAGUCAUAUUCACGCCACAAAUCAAGUCAAAAAUCAUCAAAGAGAAAGCCUGACAACGUCCCAUUAUCUUUAUCAUUGGGGUCCAGAGUUUCGGGUGCUAGCAUUGAGCUUUCUGCCAUCAAUACUCCCUUGUGCAUAUCGAAUAACUCCACCACGCCAAACCCUGAUAUAUUCCCUCCUAUGCCUCCGACUCAGUUCUACCCACUUCUCGUAUGUUCACUCGGCAAUCCAGGAAAACAGUAUGCCAAUACGCUCCAUAGCGCUGGACAUAAUGUCAUUGAGGUGAUACGCGCUCGCGGUCAAUAUCUCCCCUUCCAGAAAGGCAUGUCAGGUCUGGUGUCAACGCCCAAUAUGACGCGGGCAAAGAUCCACCUCAUCUGGGGCGCGGUAAAGGAGAAGCAGGCAGAGCUUGCUCCUGGCGAAGACGAUUUUACCCUUUGGCAAAGCACGAAACUCAUGAAUGUGAGUGGGCCAAGCGUACGAAGUGCGUGGACCACAUUCUUAGCACAGCAGAAAUCCAAGGGGCAUAAUGCUCGAUUGGUCAUUCUACAUGACGAGCUGGAAUCGAAAUUGGGUCAUGUCACUAUCCGGCAGGGUGUAGCAAGUCCUAAAGGUCAUAACGGAAUCAAGAGCUGCCAAGCAUCGCUCAGAGACACCGAAUUUUGGCGCAUAGGUGUAGGAAUUGGCAGGCCCGAGAGCAGAGACCCAGCUGUCGUCAGUAAAUAUGUUCUUGGUAAGAUGACGGUCCGCGAAGAGCAGGCAAUGCAGGAUGCUAGUUUCCAUGUACUUAAAGCUUUACGACUAAUUGCAGAAGGAAAUGCGUGAUCUAAUAUUGUGUACGACCAGAAACGAGAGCAAAAACCCUCUAUCAUAUGUCUCUAGCUCUUCAGAUUGUAAUACCAUCGCUUCAGCCUUCUACUACACGUCGCGACCGCUUCUCGAUAUCUUGUGCGAUCUUAUAUUCCCC